UGAACUGCAAUUUCCGUGGGAGGCAACGCCUUUUAUAUAACAGCAUCCCUAACUUAUCCAUCAGCAGAGGGUUUUUUUUUAAACACCCAUAUAUGAGUCAUCCUGAAGAUGAUUUUCGUGAAGUCCACGGGAACAAAUCUCACGGCGUUAAAAACAGAGUUCGCCAAUUAUUAAACCAUAGAGCAGGGAGACGGCCAACAGAACACAACAGGGGUCGUGACAUGACUAGGCUUCUGCUGUUCGUGGUUGUUAUAGUAAAUUGCCACAAUGCACACUUGGGGAAACCGAUCUUCAGUGAGAAAUUCGGAUCUGUGGAUUCGAUGUUCCCGGCCCGCCAGCCUCAAUUUUCCCGGAACUCGCCUGCCUUGGCUCGGAAUUUAAACUCCCAGAACUCACCCGAACAGUCCAGCCUCUGCUACUUCCUGCAGGAGAGUGACCUGGAGAGUCAGAUCUCCUGCAAACUCCGGUUCACCAGGAGCAAGUUUAACUUCAAUCCUUUCGGACUCCGGUUCGGGAAGAGAGGUGAGGCCGGCUCGGUGAACGGGAAGGCCCUGACUGUCAAUGGCAACAAGCUGCCUUAUCUUUGGAGACAUAAAGUCCCGACAUGAGGGUAUUCCCUGAGCGAGUGCCGAACGCUUUUGUAUUAGAGGCUUUGUAGAGUGUUCAAUGUAUUCUCGUGUGGUGUGAGACUGCGACACACGCGGAGCGCACCCGUAGUAAUGCAAUGUUAAUCUGUUUUGUUCCCGUGGUAAAUCCAGCACAAUUGCAUUGGGUUUUUUUUUUGUAUAAAUAUGUAAAACAAUUAAUGCUGUCCACAUACACAAUAAAGGCCGCCGAUUUGGAUGAAUUUGCACCUACAAUCGCCGCGCGUUUUGAAUGAAACCAGGGAGUGAGAAAAUAUUGAUUUCACUUGCUCUUAUAGUGGACCUGUCUCAUCACUGUUAAACGCAAGUUUUUAAGCUUCUAUCAAUGAGGCACCAAGUUCACUUUGCAAUCAGGUGUGGUAACGAAUAUGAAUAACAUAUUGCGAAGACUUGUUGCUGUAUGUGCUCCCUUAACAUUAUGUUCAUUAUUCGCGGGCCGAUAAAGUUUCAAUCCAAAACUAAUGACUGGCCUUGGAGCAGAGCAACCUACCUGCUAAGAAAUAGAAUAAACUUUCUUUGGUUCAUUGAUUCAUCGCCAGUUGUAUAUCACCAUUUGUAAAUAUUGUUGGACAAUUCAUAUUAUGGAAUAUUAUUAAGAACAGAACAUUUCCGAUAAGCAAUUGCUGGAGAAACUCUGCAAAUCUGAAACCAAAGUGUCUGAUGAAGGGACCCUAAGCAACUCUGCUUGGGCACUGCCAGACUUGCUGAGUUUUUCCAGCAAUUCCUUGUUUUUGUUUCAGAUUUCCAUCAUUCUUUGUCUUAUAGUAUUUCCAGUGUUCAACCAUAAUCCACAUUGAGAACCUUUUACACCAACCAGGGUACAUGCCUUUACGUGGGCACUUGGCAUAUCCAGUUGCCUCAAAAAUGUUUCAUAGUCUGAGUUUGAUGAGUGUUAACCCCUGUUCAAAUAAUUGUGAAAGUGCCCACAACAUCAGUCAGAUGAAGUUGGAGAUAUAAAUGAAUUCAUGAUAACAAGCACUUGGCAAACGAAGACUGGGUCAUUUGAAUUUAUUUUCAUACUGAAAAUCAUAACUGCACACCAAGAUUCUUCAUUGGAACAAUUAAGUCAUAGAAAAUAUAACAUACAAAAAUGUUUCUUUCACAGAUCUAAUGGUUUAUGCAUCGAAUAGGCUUAAAUAGAAAUUCCAGUUUCCCUUCAAUUUCUUUAUAUUUUGAUUGGAAUAAAGUCACA